AGCAACAACAUAACAUAACACAAUAAUCAUACAUACCAUGAUCCAUUCCCUUCCCUUCCUCCCUCCCUUCCCUUCUCACCAUAGAAACAAAUAACUUCUCUUUCACCAUCACCAUCACCAUCUUUCUCUUUCUCCUCAACUCAACAAGAUCUGAACCAAUUCAAAAACACACAUAACCAUACAAAUCACACUCUUUCUCAUGGGUGGUGUUACUUCAUCAAUGGCUGCAAAAUUUGCAUUCUUUCCACCAAACCCACCAUCAUACAAUCUCAUCAAAGACGAACUCACUUCUCUUCUUCUCAUCACCCCCUUCCCUCACCGCGAAAACGUUGAGAUUCUUAAGCUUCCCACGCGCCGUGGAACUGAGAUUGUUGCGCUUUAUGUUCGUCACCCAAUGGCUACUUCUACUCUCCUUUACUCUCAUGGAAACGCCGCUGAUCUUGGUCAGAUGUAUGAGCUUUUCAUUGAGCUUAGCAUCCACUUGCGCGUUAAUCUUAUGGGGUAUGAUUAUUCUGGGUACGGGCAGUCAUCGGGAAAGCCAAGUGAGCAGAAUACAUAUUCAGAUAUUGAGGCUGUAUACAAGUGUCUAGAAGAAAGUUAUGGUGCUAAGCAGGAAGAUAUAAUCCUUUACGGACAAUCUGUUGGAAGUGGCCCAACUUUGGAAAUAGCGGCUCGGUUGCCUCAAUUACGAGCUGUUGUUUUGCACAGUCCAAUACUUUCUGGCUUAAGGGUCAUGUAUCCAGUAAAACGUUCAUAUUGGUUUGACAUAUAUAAGAAUAUCGACAAAAUUCCACUAGUUAAUUGUCCGGUUCUCAUAGUUCAUGGUACUUCAGAUGAAGUUGUAGAUUGUUCCCACGGUAAGCAACUUUGGGAACUUUGUAAAGAGAAAUAUGAACCGUUGUGGCUCAAAGGAGGUAACCACUGCGAUUUGGAGCUCUUUCCCGAGUACAUUAGGCAUCUGAAGAAGUUCAUAACAACAAUUGAGAAGUCUCCGUCUCAACGAUACAGUUUCCGAAGGAGUACAGACCAGCAGUUUGAGCAGCCUCGAAAGAGUACAGAUAUUUUCGAAGUGAGUAGAAAAAGCACCGACCGUAGAGAAAAGCCAAGGAAGAGCACAGACAAACCAGAGAAGGUCAAAAACUUGUCUUCUAGUAAUGGCGGUGAUAUGUUGGAGAAAUUAAGAAUGACGUUUGAUCAUAAAGAGAGAUCUCGAAGAAGUGUUGACUGUCAUGAGAAGUCUCGAAAAAGCGUUGAUCAUCAAUUAGAGAAAGGAAGAAAGAGUGUUGAUCGUCUCGAUAGAAUAAGAACUGGUUAAUUCUUGUUGUAUUCAAAUUAUAUUCGUGCACGCGGUAUUGAUCUUUUUUUUGUUAUUUUUUUAUUUAUAUAUUGGUCUACUGGUUGUUUAGUAUACUAUACUUUGGCUUAUGUCAGAUAUAUUGGCAUUGAUGAAAAGGUUUGAUGUUACAA